UUUGGCUGUUGGCAACAGCGACAACAAGAGACAACCUCCUCCUUGUGCAAUGUCCUUGCGUCGGCGGCCACAGGGUCGUGAUUCUGCCAGCAGUGGGGCGACGUUCAGCAGCGCCAUCUCGCAUGAAACACACGCCACCGCAUCAACCGCGUCGCCAUACGCAACAACAUCUCUGAGCCAUGGGCUCGGGCCGGUGAUGCCUGCGGGCCCCUUCAGCAUGAAGAUCGAGGACGAAUCCGACGCCCGCCCGGCCCGGACACGGAGUGGCGGGCGCCGACGGCACAGGCGACCAUCGUCUGGGGAGAAGGAAAAGCAAGGCGGGCGCAGCUCCGUGGACACGGCAGCCUCCACACUGCGCAGCACUGGCGGCGGUCCAAAGCAUCACCUGAGCCCCUGGGAUGCCAUCGGCGGUGGGAAAGGCCACGGCAGGCGCGGCCGCGGGUCCUCCAUGCACCACUCGCAUCACCACUCACACAAGGCGCCACUGCAUCACCACCCGCCAACCGCAAACAGCAGCGCGCAGAGCGGCAUGAUGAGUCUGACGGCGAGGCUGCGGGCGCGAGAGCAGCAGCGGCAGCAAGCGGACGACGAGGAGGAGGAAGAGGCGUUCCACGCCGUGCAGGACGACAUGCAGCACCUGUACACGUUUGACGAGCGCGGUAGCAUGGACCUUGGCUCGCCGCCAAGCCGCCCAGACACGGCGCGGGACACCCGGGAUCUGCAGCAGUCCAAGGCCAAGCAGCAGGCCCGCGAAUUCAUCGCCAAGACGGCGGCAAUUCGCGCAGUGAAUGUGCAGCGCAUCAACCGGCAGGUGGCGAAGCAACAGCCCCCGCCGGACGACGAGCUGGAGGCCAUAUUGGAGCGCACCAGCACCUCCAUCAGGGCGCAGCGGAGCAGGGCCCGGUUACGCUGCCAUGCUGGCGAUGAUGCUGAUGCUGUUGAUGCGGGCUGUGGCGGUGACAGUGCUGGCGGGGAUGGUGACGCGAACGCACCAGGCAAUGCCCGUGACAGUGAUGUUGGUGCCAAUGGAAAGGCAAACGACGCUGCUGUUCGCUCGUGGAUUGAGGAGCGGAUGGGCGUGCGGUCCAACAUGGCCGGCAUGGCGCUGGACCAGGAGUUCCUGCUGUCGAAGCAGCGCUGCCCCGCAGAGGACCGCGUGCUGUUUCAACUCAUGAUGCAGCAACAGCAGCAGCAACAGCAGCAGCAACAGCAAGAACAGCAACAGCAGCAGCAGCAGCAACAGCGGCGGCGGCGACGGAGUGCGGUGGGCGGUGGCACCAAGCGGGCGAGUGGUGGCGGUCUUGGCGAUAGCAUCGGGCGUGGGGGUGUGAGCACCAGCAGUCUGCAGUCACGAAGCAGCAUGAGUCUUCGCGAUGGCAGCCGUCGCCCGAGAAGCCACAGCAACAACGCUGUUGGCAGGGCAGCGGCAGCGACAGCAGCGGUGACAGCAGCGAGGGGCGGGGCACGGCGGGUGUCUGUAAGUCCACAGCGCAAAGCGAGCACGAUGCCGCCGCUGGGGCGAUCGCCUGAACCGCAACCAGAGAGGCAGCGGUUUGGGAGCCACCUCAGCCCACACAGGAUGUCCAUGCACGACGUUGCGCUGCCCAUGAGCGCCCGCAGGCACGUGUCCUUCUCGGGUGUCGGGCAGACGUUCCAGGAGGCGUCGACCGCGAUUGAGGCGUUUGUGGCGAAAAAUAGGUGGCGGUUGCACGAUUUGUUCUCCCGGCUGAAGGAGGACACGGAGGACUACCGUCUCCCCGUGGAGAUGAUCUGCAGCUACUUGGAGCUGGCAGGCAGCCUGCGCACCGCCGACAGGCACGAGCGCGUGUUUCUGGUGAUGCUGCAGUGCAACAAGUUUGAGGGCACGCUGCAGGGGCUCAACCCGGCGCACGUGAAGCGGUUUGUGUGUCAGUGCGGGAUGGAUGCAGAGGGCAGGGUGGACUACCGCGUCAUUGUCGACAACCACAGGCGGCUGCUUGAGAUGGAGCACCGUUUGCGACAGGACAAGAUCCGGCGGAAGCGGAAUGGGCUUCCACCUCGCACUUCGCACGAACUGCACGCUCUCAUUGCACAGAGCGUGGAGCAGGGUGACCCACUCAAGUGGCUGAGCGAGGAGGAGGAGAAAGAGGCGCGGGCACGGGCAGCGCUCAUGCGCCGCGUUGCUGCUGACAACCUCGCAAGCACAUUCCAGGACAAGCAACGGGAGAUGGUGGUGCCUGAGCGGACGGUGGCCGUUGGCGACAGCAGCGAUCGCCCGCUGCUUGCUGGGGAGAUACCGCUACACCUGCAGUGGAACUGGCAGGGCACCCGCAGAUGGAACGCCCUCAGCACCACCUUCGACACCUUCCACGAGCGCACAUAUCCACCUGGCGUGAUGGCGGCGCGUGCAUCGCACAUGGGCGACGAUGCUGGCGUGACUGGCGGUGGCGAUGUUGUUGGUGGUGGUGUUGAAGGUGGUGAUCAUGGUGGUGGACCGGGUGUGCAUACACGAUGGCAAGCAGGCAACGUCACUGCGCCGUCUUACUUUCCUCUCCACCCGUCCUUCCAAUGAGACACACAAGGGGGCGUGCGUGGACGUUGUCGAGUGGGCUUGGUGUUGUUGCGGGGAUGCUGUUGUUGUCAGGUUGGCUGGCACAUGUACAAACGGUGAUGGCAAUGAUGGUGGUGGUAAUGAUGGUGGUGGUAAUGAAUGCUCAAAGUAAGCAGUUCCAAGUAAACAAGUAAUGUAACCAAGCAA